AUGGCGACGCCGACUCUGGACCGUUUCUUUGCCAGUAUUGCUGACCUGGUCAAAGCUCGAGAUGGACGCCAACUUCAAGAUUACUUGCAGCUCGAGCCUCCCCUGCCCGAUAUUUAUCGACAAAUGGUGGAGGAAUUGCGGCAACAUUAUCCGGCCGGUCCUAAAGAGGCAGAGCUAUUGCGACGAUGUGAAACCCUCGUUCCAAAAACCAAAGGCGCCCCGUGGACCGCCUUCCCUACCUUUAUGAAGCUUUACUUUACCUUUCUACGCGAUGUCAACCUGGACAAUUUGCUCGAAACAUACGAUCUUCUCAAGGGGCUGUUGAACCAAUGUGUACUGGCAUUAGGUGACAGCCACAUGGGUGUCAUAGUCCUCCCCACCGUUCUGUACCUCUCGAAAGUCCUCGCAAAGCUGGCCAUGGGCCUCGACCGACGUCCAGACUUAAUUGCCCACCUGCUGCGACUCGAAGGUCGGUCGAAUCAAGAAGAAGCUACGGAGAAGGUGACGCUAGUGGAGAAAUCUGCAAAUGUUGUUCGGGAAGCAUUCAUUAAGUGUUUAACGGACAGAAGUGGUACGCCAGGUAUCCACGGAAAGCCAGAAGGGAAGAGGAUAGGGAUCUACUUGAUGGCAAACCUUUGCCUCAAGCUGCUUUUCCAGUGCGGCAAACUCCGAAACGCAGAGCAAAUGUUUGCGAGUAUCAGCGCACAAUCCCCUCCUCUGAAACACUUCCCAGCUUCGCAGCGCGUCACCUAUCUAUACUACCUCGGACGUUACCUGUUCUCCAACAACCUCUUCUACCCCGCCCAGAUUGCCCUUCAAGCUUCUUACGAUCAAUGCCACCGUCAGGCGACGAAUCAGAAAAGAGUCAUCCUGACCUACCUCAUUCCUUGUAAUAUAAUACUAGGACGCUUCCCCUCAUUACAGUUAUUGCAGCGUCCUGAGGCCGAAGGGCUGGUAGACAGAUUCGUGCCGAUUUGUCGGCUGAUUGCUCGGGGCGAUUAUAUAGCGUUCCGCGAGCAUCUUGCAAUUGGCUCCCCUGAAACAGAAUGGUUCGCUCGGAAAGGCAUCCUUCUUGCCCUACGCAACAGAUGCGAAAUCCUUGUCUGGCGGUCACUUGCACGAAAGGUCUUUAUCCACGCCGGUUUCCACGGCGAUCCUUCACUUGGCCCUUCUCAACGUGGACCCCCACCAUACCUCUAUCUCAACAAGUUGGAUGCGGCGGUCCGGUGGAUUCAAUCUCAGCAUGCCCAGUCGGCCCAAAGCUCAAUAGGAUUCUUCGCCCCCAAAGCCGAACCAGAUUCCCAAGCGGGUCAAAAUCUGUUCGGGUCCCAGAUCAUACACAAAACAACGGAUUGGGAUUUCGAGGGGCUUGGCGAGUUGGACGCACAAGAGGCAGUCGCAAGUCCAGGCCUUAUUGAGAAAUAUGGGGACUAUCUGGCACCGGACGGAUAUUUCGAUGCGCAGGGACAGUGGCAGAUGAACCCACCGGGCAGUCUUGUUGAUGGACAGCCCUCUAUAGAUUACCAGCAAUAUGAGCUUGACCCGUACGCGAGUCGAGCCGACGGCGAGCAGGACUCAGGCAGACCUACUCUCAUGAUGCGCGAGCUUGAGUCCAUCCUGGCCUCCCUUCUCACCCAGGGUCUGAUGCGUGGAUUCCUGACUCACAAGAAUCCUCGUCUGGCGAUUCCCGGUGCGCGUCUCCGUGGUGCCAUACCGACUGGCUUUCCCAAUGUUUGGCAGACAAUCCUGGCUCGGGAACAAGAAGACGACAACGUUCCGGGAUGGGUCCAACCGCCAGCGGUGGCACCACCUCGGACAGCCGGAGGUGGACGUGUUGUCAAUCUGUCCGGAGCGAGACCUGUCGGAGUACAGUAA